AUUUUUCCCGACCCGCAAUUCCCGCUCGCCCUUGGCUCUGUGUGCAGGUGCGCAAUAUCCCUCUACAACAAGCAGCACACGGAACCAAGCCGGAACCCCGACCACACUCCGUGCGCCUCACUCUCUCCACUCCCCUGCACAGGCAAAGGCUUCACUUUCUCCUCCGACAUCACCACAUCCUUUCUCCGGCCCCUUCCUCCCCCGCACCGCCAGCGACCCCGACCGCCCGGCCCCCCUUCCAGAAACCGACCAAUUCGUCAGUCGUCUUCUCCAUCCGCGAUCCGCAAACAUGUCAUUCGCCCUUGUUUCCCGGCGCUCGGCCCUCACCUUCGGCCGCCGCGCGGUCCGCUUCGAGUCUACCACCUCCGAGAAGGCUACCGAGGCCGCGAAGAAGACUGCUGCUAAGGCUUCCGAGGGUCUCUCCCGCGUCAGCUCCGCCGCCGGCCCUGUCCUCGCCAAAUAUGCCAAGACCCUCCAGAGCACCCUCGGCCGCGUCGGUGGCCGCACCGGCAAGCUGAUUGCCUUCGCCGAGCGCCAGACCCCCUUCGUCAUCUACUACAGCAAGGUCGCUGCUGAGCUUGGCCGCAUUGUCUUCAGGGGCCAGAGCAUGACUCCUCCCUCCGUCUCUACCUUCAAGGCCUACUUCCAGAACUUUGUCAAGUCCGUCCAGUCCGGCUCUUUCUUUUCCAACGCCGGUGCUUCCCUCCAGAACGUCCGCAACAUCUCAAGGACACAGGUCGCCGCUGCUGGUGUUCUCCUCGCUGAGUGCCUCGGCUUUUUCACCAUCGGCGAGAUGAUCGGCCGGAUGAAGCUCAUCGGCUACCACGGCGAGACCCACGCCGCCGCCCACUAAACGGACUCCCAUCUUCCUCGAUCAUUAACUACCACCGCUUAAUGAACGUCAACCAAAGAGACUAGAGUGUUGGGCCGAACCUCAGUCACCAAUGGCCCGCGCGCGAGCAAUGGGAAAGAGGCCUUACUUGAUAUCCGACAGCAAGGGGUUGUGUGUGCAGGUGUGGGCGCGUGUGCGCAACGUGUGCGUGUGUGUCAGAAGAGUAGUGGGAAAAAAGGAAAUCCAGUUUUGGGAGGGAACGGACGGGACAGAAUACCGCGCGAAGAGAGAGAGAGACGAGAACGGGAAAUGAUUUCAUGGAAUAGAAUCAUAAGGCGUAACGGGGAUCACUUGUUUUUUUCUUGCUCGUUUAGAUUUUUGGCCCGACUUCUUUCUCUGCCGUUCCCAUCCCUCUCCGCCUCCUCCCCCUUUCUUCCCUGGUCCGGCGCUCUCUCUCUCACCAAACUCACGCAAGUGACCACGCAGCAGCCAAACGUUGGGUGUAAGAGCUGUGGAUAACCGGAGAUCGCCUAUGGAAACUAACCCCGGCAAUGCAACGGAUAUCCUACUCAAGUAGCGCAGAAGUUGCAUCUUUGAGCCCCCGGGAUUUGGGUUUGUUUGGAGAGUUCGUUCGCAAAGGAAGGGGGAGAGAGAGAAGCAGGAAAGCAACAAGACCAUCAUGCCAGAAUUCCCAGGGAGAUUCCGGUUUGGCUCAUCUCGUCUCUUCGUCAGCCCAUCUCCCUCCAGCUGGGAACCCUCUAUCCCCUACCAAUUCUAUUUCUCCCAUUGUAUAUUUGUCCCAGGAGCUUGGUUCGGUCCCUCACUGUUUCAUUUUUCUUUUUACCUUCUGUCGAUUGUAUAACAUAUGCUUCAUAGACAUUUAGCCGCUAUUAUGCGCAGAAAGAGAGUAGAGACGGAGAGGUCACAAAAGGAGGUUGAAUGAGAAAGAACAGAUAAAACCGAACCCGAUUUUUCAACCUACACAUGUGGUCAUGUUGUAUUUUUCUCAUGGCUCAAUCAUUCGUUCAUUCAUCAGAGUCACUUGGUUUAAUUCCAGUUCAAAUCGAG